AUGCGGGGAGCAGCCCAAGCGCCUCCAUUGUGGUACACCCAAAACAACAAUCCCGAAAACAACCGGCAUGCAGACGAUUAUAAAACAGAGAAGUCCAAUGCACUCUGCAGACUUCAUGCUCAGCCUGCCAACGCAUCCAAAACCGACCCCGACCAAUCCCCGCGAGACACUCCCGCCUUUAUAGAACCCGGCGUUGACCCCUCGGACCAAGAACCAGCCUUCACCUGGCAGGACAUUGAGCCACGGGCGGAUCUAAACCCACCACAAAUCUUAGAGUACUUCAAUUACGAACUCUCACCUACCGAAAAAGACCACCUCCUCUACAUGGAGACCCAGCGGCAGACCUCCGCGCGCAGCGCAGCAACCAGAACACACCUCUCUACGGCACCCGAAGCACGAGAGCUACGAUCCGCGCUGGAGCGCGCAGUUCAAGCUAGAAUGCUCGGGAUAUCUACUGCUUUACCCUCCUAUAACGAAGUGAGUGGUGCCGUGAUCGUCAACCACGACGGCCUCCCGCACUUCCUCUCGCCGCAGGAGGAAGAGGAACGACAGGUCUCGUUGAGGCGCGCCGUCGAGGAGAGGAUGCUGGGCCUUCCGCGCCGGACGACCUUUACCUGGGCGCAAUCGCCUGGCCCUUCGUUACCGUCUUAUUCGUCUGCGAGAGGCGAGUAG